GGAUCUGUGGAACUGCGGACACUGACUGGGUCUGGGAUUUGCCUGGAAAUUUCAGAAGCACAAGGUUUUCCGGUUUGUAAGCUGGAGGAGCUGGAGGAGCUAGAAGAAUGUGAUAAAAAGGCACUGAGGGGUAUAAGUCUGCUAUCAAUGCCAGAUGGUUGCAAAGAUUUUUGGCUGACUGAUGACAUCUCAGAAAAUUUCUUGGACGAUCACACGCUGGAAGGGCUUGAGAAUCUCAAUAAUCUAGAAACGCUAGACUAUUCCUUUACCUUUGAUCUAGAAGCAGCUUUCAACUUUUUCAUGCGCAUAAAAAGCAAUGCCAUUAUGAUGGUAACAUCAACAGUAGCGGCCAUCAAGAAUAUUGGACUCCUUCUAAAUCUGUUUCCCUUCAUAAGUGCUGUAAAACGCCAUCAAUACACCAGCGAUGAACUUCAGGCCCAUCGAAGUUCCGCACCAAGGUUCCUACCCCCUGACAUUUACUCAUUUGUUUUGAAAGUUGGAAUUCACAAGAAGAAAAAGAAGCGCGGUUCUAGAGGCGGACUUCUCAAGAAACUAGAAUUCUGCGAUCCGAAGCGACUCAAAUCCCCUAUACUCUUGGUGGCAAACGCUCAAAGUCUGUUUCCAAAGUUGGAUGUGCUACGCGAGCUAACUCAAAGACCAUCGUUCAAGAAUGUCAGUGUCAUAUGCAUACAAGAAUCCUGGUUUGAUCGUCUCAUGCCAGACGAAGCAGCAAGCAUCGAUGGAUUUUCACCCCCCUUCAGAGCAGACAGACGACACUCCAAAAAAAGAAGAGGUGGGGGAACUGUUGUCUACGUGAAUAUAGACUGGGACUCAAAACCGGUGCCUAUCUCAUCCAUCUCGAACGAUCACCUCGACCUGGUGGCAGUGGAGUGCAAAGGAAAGUGUAUCAUUGCAUCCAUCUACAUACAUGGAGAAAAAUCCACUUCGAAGCAGAUCGCUGUUGAGACCAUCGGCGAGCUCAUCGAAAGCAGAGUGGCCUUGGACCUGACAACUCUGACCAUAAUGAAAAUUCUUUCGAGGGAGGUGGACCCAACUGUCAAUUCCAUGACGGAAGAAUCGCCUGGGGACAUUAGUUUUGAGAAGGUUGGAGGACUGAAAAACGAAAUUAGAGAACUAAAGGAGGUGAUCGAGUUGCCAAUUAAAAAUCCCGAUAUAUAUAAAAGAGUGGGCAUCAGGGCUCCAAAGGGUGUUUUCCUCUACGGUCCACCGGGAACAGGAAAAACCCUGCUAGCCAGGGCAGUUGCAGCUACUUUGGACAUUGAUGCGAUCGGUGGCAAGAGGACGAGUGAUUCCAGUUCAAGCGACAGGGAAGUGCAAAGGACAUUGAUGGAACUGUUGAAUCAGCUGGAUGGAUUUAAAGACCUGGAGGAUGUCAAGGUGAUAAUGGCAACCAACAGGCCUGAUAUACUGGAUCCUGCUCUAAUGAGGCCUGGAAGACUUGACAGGAAAAUUGACAUUCCAGUACCCAACGACCAGUCCAGAAAGAAAAUACUAAAAAUCCAUUUUGGUGAGAUGGAGAAGGGUGAGGAGAUAGACCUUGAGGUUUUGGUUAAAUUGACUCACGGAUUCAACGGUGCCGAUGUAAGGAAUGUUUGUACAGAGGCUGGAAUGUUGGCACUGAGAGAGGAUCGGAACUAUGUGAUCAAUGAUGAUUUUAUUAAGUCUGCAAGGAAAAUUGUAUCUACCAGGAAGUUGGAAAGUAAGAUGGAUUACAAGAAGAAUUAA